GCUGCCAAUUACAGGGAAGAGUGGAACACGUGCAGUUCAGUGCAACUCCAAUUUUUACGAAUCACGAAGUCUCUCAAGUCUCAUCAAGUCCCUACUCCUAGAGAUCCAAACAGCCUUUUCUUCUCAUUUGUUUUAUUUUAUCAGCUUCUCUUCAGCUAUUCCUUUCCUAUCCAUUCCAUUCCACGGUUCAGUGCUCCUUUUUUUGGCUCUGUUUCUACGCCCAUUGCAAAACCCUAACGUGCUCCGAAUUCUCACCCUUGCCGCGCUGAGCCGCAAAGCUUGAAGCCAAGAACCAUCAAUUUACUGAUAAUCCGUAUCAAAGCCCUUUUGAAACUUUGGAAUUUGACCUCUUCUUUUUGUGUGUGUUUUUUAAUAAAUUUAUAUCGUAAUGAAAGAAGGGAAAUCGGUCAAAUUCAAUGUUCGACCACAAUACCAGAUCGGUCACUUGUCACCGUUCAAAUUCGCCAUGUUGUUGGAUCCGGAAGCCUCCUGGGACAAGGAUCAAUUGGGAGACGUAUUACAUUGGAUUCGACAAGUGGUGGCCCUUGUUUGUGGGCUACUAUGGGGUGCUGUACCUUUAGUUGGGGGUAUAUGGCUGGUCAUAUUCCUUUUGAUUUCCUCUGGGAUUAUAUAUGGUUAUUAUGCAAUGAUUCUAAAGAUUGACGAAGAAGAUUUUGGUGGUCAUGGAGCCCUCCUCCAGGAAGGACUUUUUGCUUCCAUUACUCUCUUUCUGCUUGCUUGGAUUCUUGUAUACAGCUUGGCGCACUUCUGAUUGGCUAGCUACCAUCGAUUCAGCUACCACCUCUGUGUCACAAGUGAUGUAUGAGCAGUCUGACUGGUUCACAUAAGACACUGUGGCUUAUGCCCUGAGAACAAGGAGAAAAUUUCUCAUUGACUUAUAUAAUUUGCAUUCUACUGUUGAUUACAACAUU